UUAGCCACCAUGAGCCAAGAAACCACGAGAAACAAAUCAACCUAAUAAUCAAAUCGAAAGCAUUUUAUCUCCGACCACCACCAAAAAUGGUGUUAGCGACAUCAGAGCCAUUUAAGAGUCAAUCAAAGACGGUAUGUGUGAUAGGAGCAGGACCAUCAGGGUUAGUGUCGGCGAGAGAACUUAAGAAAGAAGGACAUAAAGUGGUGGUGAUGGAGCAAAACCACGACGUAGGAGGUCAAUGGCUAUACCAACCAAACGUGGAAGAAGAAGAUCCAUUAGGAAAAAACAAAACCUCAAAAGUACAUAGCAGCGUUUACUCAUCCUUGAGGUUGGCUACACCGAGAGAGAUAAUGGGUUUCUCUGAUUUUCCGUUCAACGCAAAGAAAGGAAGAGACACGAGGAGAUUCCCGGGACAUGAGGAACUUUGCUUGUAUCUCAAGGAUUUUUGUCAAGUGUUUGGGUUAAGAGAGAUGAUUAGGUUUAAUGUUAGGGUUGAGUUUGUGGGGAUGGUGAAUGAAGAUGAUAUUAACGAUGAUCGUAUGAAGAAAUGGAUGGUAAAGAGUGUAGAGAAGAAGAGUGGUGAGGUUCUGGAAGAAGUGUUUGAUGCUGUUGUUGUUGCAUCUGGCCAUUACUGUUAUCCUAGAUUGCCUUCCAUCAAAGGAAUGGAUUUGUGGAAGAGGAAGCAACUUCAUGGCCAUGUUUACAGGGUACCUGAUCCUUUUCGUGGUGAGGUCGUGGUGGUAGUUGGGUGCUCAGUAAGUGGACAAGACAUAUCAAUUGAGCUCGUGGAAGUAGCAAAGGAAGUUCAUCUAAGUGCCAAAACACUUGACAUUCCUCCUGGCUUGUCUAAAGUCAUUUCAAAACAUCAAAAUCUCUAUCUUCGUCCUCAAAUUAAAUCUCUAGAGGAAGAUGGACAGGUCAUUUUCGAAGAUGGGUCUUGUAUUGUAGCCGACACCAUUUUGUACUGUACCGGGUAUGAUUACAAGUUUCCAUUUCUUGAGAGCGAAGGAAGAGUAGAAGUUGAUGAUAAUAGAGUUGGUCCACUCUUCGAACAUACGUUCUCUCCUUCCUUGUCCCCUUCUCUCUCCUUUGUCGGCAUCCCUCGGAAGUUGAUAGGGUUCCCAUUCUUCGAAUCACAAGCGAAGUGGAUCACAAAGCUGUUGUCCGGCAAAACAUCUCUUCCUUCCUGCGAUGAGAUGAUGCAAUCAAUCUCCGAAUUCUACCGCUCCAAAGAAGCCGCCGGAAUCCCUAAACGCUACACUCACGACCUCGCCGAUUUUAAUUAUAGCGAUAAGUAUGCGGAUUACAUUGGAUUUCCGCACUUGGAAGAAUGGCGAAGGAAGCUAUGCAAAUCAGCUAUAUUGAAUUCCAUAGAGAAUCUGGAGACUUAUCGUGAUUCUUGGGAAGACGAUGAUUUCCUUCAAGAAACUCUUCAAGACCCUUAUUUUUCUCAAUUCUAUACUCCUUAAAAGUUUUAUAAUCUGUUCGAAACAAGCUUUUAACCCUUUUUUUUUGUGUGUGUGUGAAUAAGAAUAGUAUUCUUAUGUGGUGUGAUGUUUUUGCUGAUGUAAAACAGUAAAAGUGCCUGUAGGCUUCGGCAAAACUCGUUGUAUUGAUCUUUAAUUUGUGUUUUUGCACUA